AUGGAUGAGGGCAAAGCAGAACCUCAGAAAUCUAUUCAGGAUUUUGAUCCUCAAAAGUCCCCCAAAAGGAACAAGUUUGCCUUCGCAUGUGCCAUAUUGGCUUCCAUGACUUCCAUAUUACUUGGCUAUGACGUUGGGGUGAUGAGUGGAGCGGUGAUAUAUAUAAAGAGGGACCUGAAACUGACGGACGUGCAAAUCGAGAUCGUGGUGGGAAUCAUCAACCUUUACUCUCUGAUAGGUUCGUGCCUCGCCGGCAGAACCUCCGAUUGGAUCGGUCGGCGUUACACCAUCGUCCUGGCGGGAUGCAUCUUCUUCACCGGAGCCAUCCUCAUGGGAUUCUCUCCGAACUAUCCGUUUCUGAUGUUCGCACGCUUUGUCGCCGGUGUGGGCAUCGGUUACGCUCUCAUGAUUGCCCCCGUCUACACCGCCGAAGUCUCCCCUCCUUCCUGCCGUGGCUUCCUCACAUCCUUCCCCGAGGUAUUCGUGAAUGGAGGGAUAUUACUGGGUUACAUAUCAAACUACGGGUUUUCGAAGCUGCCACUUAAGCUGGGAUGGAGGAUGAUGCUGGGAGUGGGGGCUGUUCCUUCAGUGAUACUGGCGGUGGGAGUGUUAGCCAUGCCGGAGUCCCCACGGUGGCUAGUCAUGAGAGGUAGGCUCGGCGAAGCUACAAAAGUUCUCAACAAAAUCUCCGACUCUCCCCAAGAGGCUCAGCUCAGACUAGCCGAUAUCAAAGCCGCCGCUGGCAUCCCGGAGAACUGCGACGACGACGUCGUUGAAGUAUCCAACCAACACCGCGGCGGAGAUGGAGUGUGGAAAGAGUUACUCCUUUACCCUACACCGGCGGUGCGUCACAUCCUCAUCGCCGCUCUCGGCAUCCACUUCUUCCAACAGGCUUCGGGCAUAGACGCCGUCGUGUUGUACAGCCCCGAGAUUUUCAAGAAGGCUGGCCUCGAAUCCGACGGUGAGCAGCUUCUCGCAACCGUGGCCGUUGGAUUCGCCAAGACCGUUUUCAUCUUAGUGGCUACGUUUUUGUUGGAUCGGGUCGGGCGUCGGCCCCUGUUAUUGACCAGCGUUGGCGGGAUGGUCUUGUCGCUUCUCACGCUCGGCGUGAGCCUCACCGUCAUUGAUCACUCACGCGCCGGGCUCAAGUGGGCCAUUGGGCUGAGCAUAGGGACAGUUUUGUCCUACGUGUCCACGUUCUCCGUCGGGGCGGGUCCCAUUACGUGGGUCUACAGCUCCGAGAUCUUCCCGUUGAGGCUACGCGCCCAGGGUGCGGCUAUGGGAGUUGUGGUGAAUAGGGUGACGAGUGGGGUUAUCUCAAUGACGUUCUUGUCCCUGUCAGAUAAGAUCACCAUUGGUGGGGCCUUCUUAAUAUUUGGGGGAGUCGCGAUGUGUGGAUGGAUCUUCUUCUUUACCAUGCUCCCCGAAACACAGGGCAAGACCCUCGAGGAAAUGGAAGGGUCUUUUGGUAAAUUCGCUGCGUGGUCUCAAAGCAAGGGUAAAAAGGACAUUGACAACAAUGCAGAGAUACAAUUAGUCCAUUAG